CUAAAACACAACGUCGUCGGUUUUCUCUCCACAUAAUUGUACAUGUAUAUUAGUACUUUUUAAACAAACCAAAAGUCAUAGGCUUCCAUCUCCUUUUCAGAAUCACUCUUCACAGACACAGGUAAUUAAUCAAUCAAUUAACGAAAUCAUCAAUUGAUAAUUACGGGUUUCAAUGGAAUGGAAUUCAUCUCCAUUCCACUAGAGAAGAAAUGAGAGAAGUUGUUCAGAAAUUCCAAUUGUAAUAAAGCCCAAAACAGUGACGUUAUUGUUUCUGGCGUGUUCUGCAUCAUGUAAUUGUAAUCUCUCCAAAAAUGCAGAUUUGAAGCUCCCAUAUAUACAUAUACAUAGACCGGUCAAUCCCUUCUUCUCUGUUUCUCCGCCGCUUCUUCUCCACGGUUUCAGCCGUCCACCAUUUUCCGAUCGCGCUCUGAUCCUGCACGGCCUGUUCAGCUCGGGCUUAAGGCGUAUAUACCAGACAACGGAACCAUGAAAUUUCGAAUUGGAGAAGAGGUGGAGGUUUCAAUUGAGGAGGAAGGCUUUGAGAAUUCCUAUUAUGAAGCCACAAUCAUCAGCAAAGAAGAGGGUUCAUCGAAAUAUCGAGUCAAGUACAAAACCUUGCUGAAUGACGAUGAAUCGGAACCAAUGGAAGAGGUUGUGAAGCGUGAUCAGCUCCGGCCUUUGCCGCCUGAUGUUCCGGUGAUUGGUUUCAGCUUGUACGAGGCUGCCGAAGUAUACGAGAACGAUGGCUGGUGGGCUGGCAUCAUUUAUGGGAAAUUCCAGUCGGAUUAUUUCUUGUUUCAUCCUUCAACUGGAGAAGAGAAGCCUUAUCCUUAGGAAAAAUGGAGGGUUCAUCAUGAAUGGAAGGAUGGCAAAUGGGUUUGUCACAAAGCUGGAGUUAUUCCAAAUCCGAAGUAGAGGAUAAGCAAGAACAAGGAACUUCGAGAGGCAAAACGCUCUCAAAACGCUUCAAGAAAGAAAACAUCAAGUCCCAAAAUUAAGGACGACAAGAUAUCUAUUUAUAUUAGGCAAUACAAGCAAUGUAUUUUUAGUGUUAGGUUAAUUUGGGAUGCAAAUUGCUAAUAUCUAGGAUUGUAGAAG